CGUGCUCAGUUGUAAAAAUAAUUUCAAAGAGAGUGAUUCUUUAUUUUUUGAAAAAAUGCGAAUAAAAGACCGGCUUAAGUUUCUUUUGUUUAUUAACAUAUUAUUUAUUUGUUUAUUAAAUGAUAACAUGAGCGUAGCUAAAAAUAUUAAUAAAGCUUAUCUGAUUGAAGAGCAAAAAUUUUUAACUUGGCAAAAUGCCUUCGACUAUUGUAAAAAUAUGAGUAUGAGUCUAUUUAAAAUUGAAAAUUAUGAUGAAUUUGAAUAUUUAAAAUCGAUUAUAAAAACAAAAUAUGGUCGUAUAUUCCCCUACUGGUUGGGUGCCUAUAAAAUAAAUGGCAUUUUCAAAUGGAUUGAAACGGGUGAAAAUGUAAAAUUAUUCUUAUGGCAUGCUGGCGAACCGAAUGAUAAAAGUGGCCAUGAGAAAUGUAUACACACAUGGGAGGAGGAUUUCGAUUGGAAUGAUAAUGAUUGUGAAAGAGAAUUACCAUUUAUAUGUGAAUUAAAAGAUUGAAAUUUAGUAUUAUAGUAAACAAUUUAAUAUAGAAUCUAACUCGAAAAAAAGAGAAAAGCUAAACUUUCAAACAAGUCUUAAUAUUUAAACUUUAAAGAAAUUAAACAACUUUAAGAUAAUAGAGUUUAAUAUGUGUGUGAUCUAAAUUUAAAUUGAAUAUUAUUCAUCAAACAUUCGUGAUAACAUGAGUUUAAAUUUGGAACCUAAACAACCAAAACAAGUGAGCAUGUAUAGUCGGGCCUUGGUCGACCAUGUGAAACCCUACAUCAGUGAGUGUGUUAAAAAUAUGAAUUUGAUUUUGUAAUAAUAAAGCAUUUAAUUUGUUUUUA